AUGAGGAAAACCUCCGAGGAUUGUCUCACUUUGUCUCCAGACUGGAAAGUAGAAGAUGAGGACAUCACACAGUAUAGUCCAGGACAAAACCCGGCUUCCUCCAAUGUCCAUCCGGCACCACCCAGUGUAGAUGGACCAUCGGAUUCCUCAUAUCCUGAGGAACCUCAAACUGUGCGGGACCGGGCCGGCCUUCCAACAGGGAAGAGCUUCUCCUGUACAGAGUGCGGGAAAUUGUUUGCAAGGAAGUCCAAUCUUUAUGGACAUCAGAGAUCUCACACAGGGGAGAAGCCGUAUGCCUGUCCUGAAUGCGGGAAAUGUUUUUCAUUAAAGUCCAGUCUUCAAAGACAUCAGAGAUUGCAUACGGGGCAAAAGCUAUAUUCCUGUCCUGAGUGUGGGAAAUGUUUCCAAUUUGAAUCUGGUCUUAAUGUGCAUAAAAGAUCUCACACAGGGGAGAAGCCGUUUUCCUGUCCUGAGUGCGGGAAAUGUUUUUCUGACAAGUCCAGUUUUUACACUCAUCAGAGAUUGCACACAGGGGAGAAGCCAUAUUCCUGUUCUGAGUGCGGGAAAUGUUUUUCAUAUAAGUCUAGUUUUUACUCACAUCAGAGAUCCCACACAGGGGAGAAGAAAUAUUCUUGUCCUGAGUGUGGGAAAUGUUUUUCACAGAAGUCCCAUCUCAACCGACAUCAUAGAUUGCACACAGGCGAGAAGCCAUAUUCCUGUUCUAAGUGUGGGAAAUUUUUUUCACGAAAGUCCCAUCUUUGCAUACAUCAAAUUUCACACACAGAGGAGAGGUCAUAUUCCUGUCCUGAGCGUGGGAAAUGUUUUUCACAGACGUCCAGUCUUUAUACACAUCAGAGAUCUCACACACAUCAGAGAUAUCACACAGGGGAGAGACCAUAUUCCUGCCCUGAGUGCGGGAAAUGUUUUUCAGACAAGUCCAGUUUUUCCAGAUAUCAGAAGUCUCACAUGGGGAGAAUCCACUUUCCUGUCCUGAGUGAGGGAAAUGUUCAUCACUAA